UGUGAAGCUGUUUAUUGCACUUCUUUUCCAGAUAGUUUCAUAUUAUCACGGUCAUAAAAAUACGUCACAAAGAGCGUCCUUUGGUAGCUCAAUUCGAAACGCUUACGUUUGUCUCCAAACACUGGACGAUUUAUUUUUCAAGAGACGGUUAGGUUGUGUGUUACUCACGGAAAGUCACAGCUAUAGAGUUUAUCCGCCAUGGUGCGUUUGGGUACAACUCGGAAAUAGGAGUGAUACAUGUUUUAAAUGACUUUAAAGUUAACCAACUGCGGAAUUACAGGCUAGAAAAGAGCAGAGGUUAAAAAGUAAAAUUUAAGUUGCAAGAUUGGAGAGUUAGUUUCAUCAGCAUGAACGGUAUGGCCGGAUAAGGGAUGGAUGAAAGGCGUGACAUGAACCUCUUUGAUGCCUCGAUUUAAACCCUUGGACAGUUGAGGCUUAAGUCAACACUGAACAUCUGCAGCAAGUUCCGGUCCAACAGUCCAACGAUGACGUCUCGACUUCCAGUCUUAGCUUUGCUGCGCUCUUUCGUCAUGCUGCUGACAUUUUGCAGCCCAGGCCCAGCUUGUGCUCUUAAAAUCAGCUCCGACCUGACGUCCUACCAUGCGGCCCAGGAAUCGAGCGUCACCCUUCACUGCGAAUACACAUAUUCCUCUGUGGACAAGCACGACACCGAGGUGGAGUGGACCAAGUUGACCCCACACAGACAUGACGACAGGAUCGUUAUUUGGUUUACCGGAGGCCAGCUGUAUAACGACCUGGACGAACCCACGAAGGGCCGGGUCCACUUCGCUUCUCCCGACCCCCGUAAUGGUGAUGCCUCCGUGACCAUCAGCGACCUGCGUCUUUCAGAUACAGGGACCUACCAGUGCAUGGUGAAAAAGCUACCUGGGCUCGACAUUAAGAACGUCUUCCUGACGGUCAUAGAGAAGCCAACAUCUGCGGUGGAAGUGGAGCCUGCGGCGGAAACAGCUCAUGCAACCAAAGCUACAGAAGCGACAGUAACGAUCGUCACGCUUCUGCCUCUUCCUGCGGCAAAAAAUGUGGCAGCCAGAGGCGACGGUGAUAAAGCUCCGGAAGCAUGUGUGGCGACCGCGACCUUGAACGAUGGAUAUAUAAUUACCACAGUGGCAGUGACGACCGGCGUGUUUGUGUGUAUCAUGGCCUGCGUUCUCGCCGUCAUCUGGUACUGUCGCAGAAUAAAUCGCGCAGAGCGGCGUGUGAGGGAGAUGGUGCAAGUGGAGGCCCAUCCUAAAUUGUGGGUUUCCCCAGACACUAACGACAUGCUGCCUCUGGCUUCAGACAAAGUGCACGUUAUCGUCUUUAAUGCGGUGUCCACUCUUUGA